GCUUCUGCAUUCCGUCCUCAACGGCUUUCUCCGAGGGGGCGGCCGUAAGUCACGCUGCUACCGCAAGCCGCUGCUGUCGCUAAGCACGUCCCUAGUUUCAGACGAAGGUUUUCCGUCAGGAGGCCGCGCAAGUGCACUUGCGUCUCACCGUUACCAUAGCGACUGGGCCUCGGGUCGGCAGAUCCUUGCUGCUUUGUCAACAGCUUUGAGCAACUACGGCCCCGGAGGCCGGGCUAACUGGCGGCAGGUAGGAAACUAUGUGAAAGAAUCUUCCGAUGUCAUAAUUUCCGGGUGUCACUGGAACAUUUGAUCAUCAUUCCUUUGGCAAUUCCAGGCUUCUGUGGAAGGUCAGUAGAAGCAUUGAUUUAUUCACCUCUACAGGAAUCAGACUCGGCCUAUAUCAGUUUUCAGUGAAUUAUGCCUUUUCAGUUUGGAACCCAGCCAAGGAGGUUUCCAGUGGAAGGAGGAGAUUCUUCAACUGGGCUGGAACCGGGGAUGAGCUCCAGUGCUGCCUGUAAUGGGAAGGAGAUGUCACCAACCAGGCAACUCCGGAGAUGCCCUGGAAGUCAUUGCCUGACAAUAACUGAUGUUCCUAUCACUGUCUAUGCAACAAUGAGAAAGCCACCUGCACAAAGCAGCAAGGAAAUGCAUCCUAAAUAGCAUCAUUAAGUCUUUUGUCAAGGUCUGACUAGGUCAAGGGUAAUGGACCAGUAUCAUCUUGUGAUCUGGUAAACGAAUAAAAGUGGUGGCACCUUUGAAUGAUGACAACAAUUGAACUAUUUACUUUUAGUAAGACAGACAGAAAUGUAGUCAAUAAAACACACGUAGUAAUAGGCUAUCAGUUAUGCCUGAUAGGUAAGACAGAAUAAUAUUUCACAAUUAGAAAGUACCUUAGAGAUCGUCUUGCUCACAGUAGGUCAUUAAUAUCAAUAAUUGAAGAUGAAGCUUAAUUCACCAUGGUCAUCAAUCAGGUGGGGCUUAUUCUAAAUGCUUAAUGUGUCUUAAGCUCAUUUCCUUGUUCAUAUUUGGGUUGCUACUUAGCUAAAUCCUUUUACCUUACUACCCCAAGCCAGUCUCUGUCUUGAUAUUAUUUGAUAAUGCUCUGCUCAGGAAUAAUUAUAUUGGGUGAGAAAUGGAGCCCCGUGGUUGUGUUUUGGAAGAGUAUUCAAGAUCAAAGAAAGUUCUUAGUCCAUGGUUAAUCUGCAAGGCAUUUAAGCUACUUCCAUAUAGGGGCCCAGAUUAUUAGUUAAAUGUAAAUGAAGUCAAAGCUGUGGUUCUAACCCAGAUUUUUCCAAGAAAAAUUAUGUCCCAUUAUCACAUUGUACCCUAAGUGCUAACCAGAUAUCUUGAUAAAUUGUUUACGAUAGAUAUUGAGAAACCUCAUGUGGAUUUUUCAGUUUGGUUAGAUGUAGGAUCACUUUUGAGGUUGGGGCCAGCUCUGUAUGUUCUCUUUUUUUCUUGUGGUAGUCCCCAGAAACUCAGCCUGCUUUCCUUUUCUCUCAAUGGCUGUCAGCAUCCAUCUAAUGAAAUUGUCUUUUCCAAAAGACUGACUUUAGGAUCAGAUACAAUUUUCACCUGUGUGUGUGUGUGUGUGUUUUGUCUACCUUGCUGCUUCUGAAAAUAUACAUAUAAGUCUUUUAAAAUGAAAAGUUUAUUAACUUAUAAUUAAAUAGACUUAGAUGCAUAUACAUUACCUUAGGUGAAAAAGAAAAACUGCCAGGGAGUUAUAAGAUGAAAAACUCUCAGAGCUCACACAGAGCUGGGAGAUAUUUGAACGCCAACCAGUUAAAGUGGAAAGAUCUUGAACAUGUGGAGCAUUGACUAGAGACUCAGAAAGGCCAUGCUUUCAUAAGAGAUCCAAACUGGCACUAGACUAAAGGCUUUAACAAAGCUUAAAAAUAAGCCUUGAGAGACUCAAGAUGAUCUCAGAGUAACCUCAUUUUGUAUGCCAAAUAAAAAUGGAAUAUUCCUUAAAGGAAGAAAACAAAAUGGAGGCAGGAAAUUGCCUGAGGCUGAAUGACAGAAAGGAGAAAGGAGUGAUGAAGAAUUCCUCAAAGGGCCGGGCUUGGUGGGUCACACCUGUAAUCCUGGCACUUUGGGAGGCCGAGGCAAAUGGAUCAUUUGAGGUCAGGCAUUUGAGACUAGUCUGGCCAACAUGGUGAAACCUCAUCUCUACUAAAAAUGAAAAAAUUGGCCGGAUAUGGUGGUGGGUGCCUGUAAUCCCAGCUACUUGGAAGGCUGAGGCAGGAGAAUCGCUUGAACCCAGGAGGCAGAGGUUGCAGUGAGCCGAGAUUGCGCCACUGUGCUCCAGCCUAGACAAUAGAGUGAGACUCUGCCAUCCCUACCCCCGCCAAAAAAAAGAAAAGAAAAAUUCCUCAGAGCUUAUACAAUGCCGGGAAGAAUAUGUGUUUCAGCAAUAGUGGAAAGAUCUUUUAAUAUAGUACAUGGAUCAUUGAGUAGAGUCUUCAGCAAAAUACUGCCAGAGUGGGGUUAGGGUUAGGUUAGGGAGAUGGGAAUAGACUGAAGACUACUCUGGACUUGCCCUAACAAAGCUUAAGAGAAGCAUUUGAAAGGAUCAAAGUGACUUCAAGUAACUCUUAACCUUAUCCAAAGGGAGACAACUGCUCAAAAUAAAAAUAAAAACUACAAUAAAAGCCAGCACCAAAUGCUAAUCAUUCACAAUGAUUAGCAUCUAAUAAAAAAUUACCAGGCCUUGC